GCUGGUGUGCAGGCUCGUGCGCUUGCUCUUCUUGCUCGUUUGGUGGGGAGUGCAAUCUAUCGCAGCAGUAGUCGGUGGUCGAUGAUCGGGUCGGAGAUGGGGCCCUGACAUGUCCAGCGCAGAAUCUGUAGUGGAGGUAACAUGACCGCGUGUGGAAUUUGGAAUUUGGAAUAUGAAGAACAAUAUAUUUCCCGAAUCAAAGGAAGUGGCUAUGGGUAUAAGAAGGAAUUUGAACCCGGAGGAUAUGUGCACAAACCUCAACGGGGGCCGAGGACCAGAGCUAGAGCAGCGGGUAAUUAUUCUCACUACUUCGAACAAUCCAGAACUCGAGGUUCAGAACCAGAAGAGUGGAGUUAAUAAUCAUCAGCUGCUGGCCAAUUUCGAGCGAGGACAGGACGACGACAUGGCUAGAAUGCAAGCAGCAAACGAGCGUGAUUUGGAACAGCCGCUUUUGCACGGGCGCGAAGCCGAAAUAUCCCAACCCACUCCUCCGUUGAAGGUGUUCCCGAAAUGCCCAGGAUGCAAAGUUGCCCAUCUCUCAGCGGACGGAGCACCCCCUUCCUAUAAAGAACUUUGCUUUGUGGCGAUUAUGAUGCUGUGCAAUGCGCUACCCAUUUCGUUCAUGUAUCCAUUCCUUUACUUUAUGGUGAGAGAUAUGCAUGUUGCAAAACGUCCAGAAGACAUCGGCUUUUAUGCCGGAUACAUUGGAUCGGCGUUUAUGUUCGGGAGAUUUCUAACGUCAAUGCAAUGGGGAGUGAUUGCUGAUAAAUAUGGACGGAAGCCAGUAAUGCUCGCCGGAGUUGUUUCAGUGAUAGUCUUCAGCAUUAUGUUCGGAUUAAGUCAGGACUUUUGGAUGGCAUUUUUUGCCCGCCUCCUCCUGGGAGGCUUCAAUGGUAUACUUGGACCUGUAAAGGCCUACGCAUCCGAGAUUUGCAGCGAUGAGCAUCAACCAUUAGGAGUCUCUGUGGUUGGAACAACUUUAGGUCUAGGGAUGGUCAUUGGUCCCAGCCUUGGAGGCUAUCUAUCUCAACCAGCUCUCAAGUAUCCGGCCAUGUUUCCCCCCGGUUCUCUAUUUGCUGUGUAUCCCUACUUGCUGCCAUGUGUCUUCUGUUCAGCAAUCUCCGUUGUGGCGCUCUUCAUCACUGUGCUUUACCUUCCUGAAACUUUGCACAUUCAUAAUGAUGAAGAUGCUCUUAUCGAAGGUGAUGAAGAUGGUUUCGUAUCGAGUACUUACGCUGAUAAAUAUGAUAAGAUCAAAGGAGAAGAAGCAGGGGAAAAACUUCUCGGCGAGGAAAGCGAUAGCGCAGAGGAGCUUGCGAAGCAGGAAGCUAAGAAGAAUGACUCCUUAUUAGAAGUUUUGCGCAACUGGCCUUUGGUCUCUGCUGUACUCGUUUACUGUACCUGGUCAAUGCACAACAUGGCUUACACGGAGAUAUUUGCUUUGUGGUGUGUCUCCCCGAGGACAAUGGGUGGACUGAGCUUCACAACCACAGAUGUUGGCAAUAUUUUAGCUAUCUCAGGUCUGGCCGUGCUUAUUUUCCAACUUCUCGCGUUUCCUCCAAUUGCGAAGCGAAUGGGGCCUAUCAGUACGACUCGGAUCUCAGCUAUUCUUGCCUUGCCGUUGCUGUGCACUUACCCCUUUCUCACCAAGCUUUACGGGACUCUUCUUUGGAGUCUCCUUGUAUUCGUCUCCGUAUCGAAAAGCACCUUGGCGGUUGCAACACUCAGUGGAUCAUUCUUGCUCAUAAACAACUCAGUGACCCCACGGCAAAGAGGGAGGGCGAACGGGCUGUCAGUGAGUGCAGUUUCUCUCUUCAAAGCAAUUGGUCCGGGGGCCGGAGGUGCAAUAUUUGCAUGGGGACAGAGCAGACCAGAUGCCUGGUUCUUGCCAGGCAAUCAGUUGGUCUUCUUCAUCCUUGGAAGUGUAGUGGUGGUGGAUAUAAUUUUGACAUUCGAACCGUUUCUUCCAAAGAGUGUGGAUAGACCGAAGCAUGACCAGGAUGAGCACGUUCACCUUUCAACGGAUAAGGAAGUUAAGUGAAGAGCUCAUAGAAGCGACAUAUUUCUCAAGUCAUGUGAGGUUCGCCAGGAAAGCUAUGUGUUUUCGUCUCCAUUCACCAUCUGCCCCAGUAUUUGACAUGUUGGUGGGCACGUACGGGCAAGCGUAUUCACCGUAUGCAAGUAAAGGAGGAAGAGAAGCUUUAUAGAACUACAAAGUUUUGUAACCUCAAGACCUCCGGAAGAAACGUCAAAAGGAGGCCACUUGAUAGAUCAGCAUCUUGAGAGCCAUCGGAAGAUUAGGGAAGAAUCCAUAAGUGCUACUGUUGACCGUGUGCUACAUGCUCGCACAUCUCCGUAUGUCGAGUUACAGUCAAGCAAAUUCAAUAGCGGUAAGAGUCAACAAGAGAUAAUGUUACAAUCAGAAAUGAGGGGGGAGUGUUCAAUAAAGAAAUUUCAA